AUGGCCGAUGCUACAAAGUACGGGAACGCCGCCGACUUUGACGUCGAGCUCCAUUCCAUCUAUGCGGCGUAUAUCGGCCUGUUUGAAUCAAGCAAUGUGGAUUGGUGGGACAAGUCAUGGGGCGGCUACUUUGUCUCUUUCAACGACUUUCUUGGUUUUGGAUGGGAAGUGAUGGGGAUGUUCUCGCUUCUGCUCUUGAUCGUCGAUGGGGUCACUGGUAAGCCCCAUAUUGCUGUCAGGCGAGAGCAGAUAGCCCUGUUCGCUCGCAUGAUCAGAACAAGGCAAGUCCACUCGCAAAUCAUAUUUGGAGAAAAUCUCCCCAAAGACCCUCCCACGACACUCCCCCUUACGCCGGUGCCGACACGGAACCUUGCUCUUCGCCGUCUCGUCAAUAUCCGGGAUCUCAGUGCAUACCGGAAACUUGCAGCCACCCUCCCAGCAGCCGAGCUUUCCUACCUUCGGUCAAGAGUACGCUCGGGCGAACCUGCCGUGAUCGAGCAGCUGUUCUACGCUGGUGGAUCGAGUGGGGAGCGGGACACGGGGGGCGUCGGCGUCAGAGACAACGGUGUCGGGUACACCUUUGCAUGCGUCAAGACCAACUGGUGGGAGAAGGGAGGUGCGCCAUAUGGCGUCGUCCCGGGGCAGGGCAAGACGCAGCCUGGAAAGGGGCCACAAGGGAAGGGGCUUGUUCUCGAAGUCGGAAUGGCCGUUCUGAGAUGCGCCAACCUAAGGGCAGUCGGCGUAUGGCCUCCAACGCCAGAGGACAACUACCGCAAGUCGCAUUAUGUGGUAGACGAAUGGCGUACUAAUCACAGUCCCCCCACUUUCCCUCGGGCUUAUGCGUUCGGUCGGAGCGAGUAUGUGGCCGAGAAGAAAAUUGAGACGAUUCUAGAUGCGACUCUGAAUGCCCUCGCCUCGCAAGAGACGGACGGUCAUGCCAAUACUCUCAUCCUUUUGACCAUCGGCGACGGGACCCCUCUUCCUCUGCCCAACUCUUCCACCCUCCCAGCCAACAUUCUCGUUUUUGAUCUUCUCGCUCUCGAAUUCAACCUCUUGCGUAGAGCGCAAGCCCAGGGUAUCCCGGGAGCCCCCGACCGCCAUCAGCCACUAUCCUCCCUCGUAUCCCUCCUGCAGACUUUGCAAAUACCAGUCACACCCUACGCUCCGCUCGGUAAUGCCGGAAACGAUGCCUAUUAUACCCUGCUCGCUUUCCAAAAGCUCGUCAUGGGCGAGACACGUCUCCCCGACAUGCUCUUCAAGCAGCCCGGCCCAUACUCUGCUAUGCCUUUCCCUGCUGGUGCGGGUAACAGGAUGUCUAUGGCCAUGCCUUUUGCGCCGGUCAUGAACAUGCCCCUGCCCGUCAUGCCUGCUGCAGGCCAUGUUCGCCGCGAGUCAAACUCUUCCAGAGCCUCGCUGAGGACGCCAGCGUCAGAGUAUGGCUCUUACCCACCAUCUCCAGCGGAAGAGCAGAAACGACGACGUAUGACUAGUGAUGUUGCAAAGCGCCGUCCGUCUUCUACUGGUGAUGCCCUGGGCGCAUACAGCUUUAACAAUAGGUCCCAGAGCCAACAGAGGUCUCUUGGAGGCUCUUCCCAAAACCUGGCCGCUCUUGGCUCCGGGCGCAACCGGCAGUCUAUGGUGCGAUCUCAGACCGUUUUCUGGGACGACGCCCAGUACGCUCCUCCUUCCGCCGACAACCAGGGAUCAAGUCUCAAAGCUCCUCAGGCUCCGCUUCAUGGCGAAUCCACAGGUGCCUCCUCCAACUCUUCCGAGAACAGAGGUCGGCCAAAGGACGGCCCGCCUGUCUCGAGAAGUGCGGGCAGCAGCGUGAGACUGGCCGCUGGUAGGGGUGUGUCGUUCGAUGGCACUGGUGGGGACACGAACGCACCAGGCAGAGGGAGUGCUGGUAACUCUCCUGUGAAUGGAACCAUGCGACCACCUUCCUAUGUGGCUGGAAAUGGUAGCGCGGCGAGUGUCAAGCCUUCUGGUCUUUCGAGCACCAAUUUGAAAAAGCAUGAUGCGGGCCGAACAGACUCGUCUGGGACGAUCAGUACCGGUAUCACCAAGCCGAGCUCAAACUCGAAUUCAAGCGGGGAUAUGGUGAUAAUGCCGACCAAAGUCAGGCAUAGCACGGGCGCAGGACAAGUGGUGAAUGAUGAAAAGGCCAAUGCCACGGCCGAUGUCAAGGGUGACAAGGAGAAGAAGCCGAAGAAGUCAAAGAAUAUUGCGGGGGCGUUUGCCAAGUUUUGGGUUGGAUGA